AUGUCUAAACAAGCUUUCGAAGAAGCAAAUGAAGCAUUUGUUGAUGAAAAAUAUCAACAAGCAUAUGAACUUUAUACAAAAGCACUUAAUGGUGAUGAUAAAACUGAUAAUCGAUAUACUUCUAAAAUUUUUGCAUCACGUGCUCAAUGUUCAUUAAAAUUAAAUAAUUAUUCUGAUGCACUGAACGAUAGUAAUGAUGCACUUCAAUUAGAUGAAAUGAAUAUCAAAGCAUAUCUUCGCAAAGGUGUAUCAUUAUAUCAUCAAAAUAUAAAAGAACAAGCUUUACAAGUAUUUAUUCGUGGUCUUGAAUUCGAUGCUACAAAUGAACAAUUGAAAAUAUGGCAUGAUAAAUGUGAAAAAGAAUUAUCAGAAAAUAAAUCUGUUAAUGCUAUUGUACCACAACAAAUAAAAAUCAAGCAUUCAUUCUAUCAAACAGAUAGUACUGUAAAUAUUCAGAUUCCAAUAAAAGGUCUUAAAAAAGAUCAAGUUCAUAUUGAAUCAACUGAUUCAACUUUGAAAGUUAGCACAAAAAUACCUGCUUCUGGUCAUGAUUAUUUACUUGAAAUUGAACUUGCUUAUUCAAUUGAUUCAUCUCGUACAAGCUUCAAUGUUACGAAUACAAAUAUCGAGAUAAAAUUAUACAAACGACAAGCUAUACAAUGGAUGUCAUUAGAUGCUCAAUCAACAAAAGUUAAAGCUCAACCACCUGUUCCAAUGAGUGGACCAUUAGUUGAAAAAACACCAAGUUAUCCAUCAUCAAGUCAACGUGCUAAGAAUUGGGAUAAAGUUGAAGCUGAAAUAAAAAAAGAUGAAAAAGAAAAUAAAGAUGAUAUGGGUGAUGCCAAUGCUAUUUUUCAAAGACUUUAUAAAGAUAGUGAUGAAAAGACACGUCGUGCAAUGAAUAAAUCAAUGUAUGAAUCGGGUGGUACAUGUUUAAAUAUGAAUUGGGAAGAAGUAUCAAAAGGUCGAGUUACUUGUGAACCACCAGAUGUAAAUUUAAAUAUUUGA